GGGAUGAUGAUUCAGUUUGCGGCGUAGAGCCUUAGCAGGCGGCCCGUCUCUGCUUAUCUGUUGCUGCUGACUUCCUCUCCGCUCCUACGGAGCAUCGCCAGCGCCGGCGAUAUGCAGCAGGUAUUCGCAGUAAAGUCUAAGCAGCGAUGAAGUCACUACUGCGAGCAGAACUCCGCUCCAGUCCGCGCACCAGGUUAAUUAUAUAUUACGGUGAAUAUUGUUUCUGCGUUAUAAGAUUUGCUCUGUGCCUGUGUACUUUUUAAACUGUCAAAAAAAAAAACCUAUGCGGAUAUUUUAUGGAAGACUCCGUAUUCUUGGAGAAGCACACAUCUUACCAAGGUGACUUCACCUGGAACAGCAUGUCCGGACGCACCGUCUGCCUGAAGCCUGUGGCGAUCCAGAGCUUGUCUGAACUGGAACGCAUCCGCCUGCAGGAGGUGGCCUUCAGUCGGCUACAUCAGGACUACGACCUGGGCUGUCAGAUCACCAUCCCCAAAGAUGGACAGAAACGCAAGAAGUCACUGCGGCGGAAACUCGACUCGUUAUCGAAGGAGAAGGCGAAAGACAGAGAGUCCCUGGCCCAGGCCUUUGGCAUCCCGCUGUCUCAGGUGAUCGCCAACGACCGGACCCACAAACAGCGGCUGGACAGCCAACGGGAAGGGACCCGGGAUGUGGGUGACCUGGUCACAUCCUUCCUGCACUUCACCACCAAGAGGCCGGUCAAAGACCUGUCCAGCAGCAACUCAUCUCUCAGCUCCACCUCAGAGACACCCAGUGAGAACACCUCGCCCAACACGCCCGAGCCCGCUCCGAGAGCAUGUAGACGGGGCGCGAUGUCUGUGGAUUCCAUCACCGACCUGGACAACAACCAAUCCCGCCUCCUGGAGGCCCUACAGCUCUCACUGCCGGCAGAGACUUCCAGCAAGAAGGAGAAGCACCGUGACAAGAAGUUCAGCCUGAACCCCAUCUACAGGCAGGUGCCCCGGCUGGUGGACAGCUGCUGUCAACACCUGGAGAAGUACGGUCUCCAGACGGUAGGGAUUUUCCGUGUUGGGAGUUCAAAGAAGAGAGUACGACAGCUGCGGGAGGAGUUUGACCGAGGCGUGGAUGUCCUUUUGGAUGAGGAGCACAGCGUCCAUGAUGUGGCGGCCCUUCUGAAGGAGUUCUUGAGGGACAUGCCUGACUCACUGCUGACAAGGGAGCUCUACACUGCCUUCAUCAACACCACAUUGUUAAAUUACGAGGAACAGCUAGGCGCCCUGCAGAUGCUGACAUACCUGCUGCCUCCCUGCAACUGUGACACCCUGCACCGUCUCCUCCGCUUCCUGUCCACCGUGGCGGCUCAUGCCCCCGAUACCUACAGCAAGGAUGGCCAUGAGGUCACAGGAAACAAGAUGACGUCAUUGAACCUGGCCACCAUCUUUGGGCCUAACCUCCUGCACAAGACAAAGAGUUCUGAUAGGGAGUUCUCUGUGCAGAGCUCAGCCCGGGCCGAGGAGAGCACAGCCAUUAUCAGUGUGGUCCAGAAGAUGAUUUCCUCUAAUGAGGCCCUCUUCACGGUGGCCCCAGAUCUACAGAACGAGGUCUUGAUGAGCCUGAUGGACACAGACCCCGAUGUGGUAGACUACCUUCUCCGGAGGAAGGCCUCCCAGUGGUCGAACACGGACCUCCUUCGCUCUGAUGACCAGUACUCCCCGGACGAAACCCACUUCUCCAGCGACUCUAACAAGGCAUCCAGCGGGGACGUCUCCCCCUACGACAACAACUCCCCGGUGCUAGCAGAGCGCUCUGCCCCUCAGGACAGGGGAGGUGAGCCAUGCCAUGUCCCAGAAUGUUCUGUGCUGACGACACAUGUCAAGGGCUGGAGCAAGGAGCCUUGGAGUACCAAGGGGGUAUCUGAUGGAAGCACCAACAUCUGGGGAGCCUGGCAUGCUACGCUGAGACCGAGCCAUCAAGACCAGCAAUGCAGAGGGUCUCAUGGCAACUUGUCUGAGUGUGGUUCCCAGAGCUCGGGUGAAGGUGGCGACAGUCACCCUGGAAACCAAAAACAGAGUAUGCCUCGCUCACGGGCCGCGACAGUCUCAACUGAGUAUGGACCUCACCCCAAAAUGGCGGAGAGACAGAGGCAGCAGUGGCAGAGCCUGGAUCCAGUGUCCAUCCGGCUGGAUGAUCAGUUGGCAUCCAGGAGGACUCAGCAGCCCCUUCCGGGGAGUGGUGUACAUGCAGCACCUCCUUACAGAUUUAAACCAGCCAAUAAAAAUGAGGGCAGACCGCCCCCUCCCUACCCUGGAAUAUCCAGGGCAACUGUCACUCCAGCGCCCCCUCCAGCUUCACUCCAGGCUAAGUCUUCUGCUCCGCCAAGUUACUUACAUAGCCAGCAGCGGCAGCUUGGCCACCUGGGCCCUCAAAGACAAUGUCCUCCGGCUCCCCUCACUCCCAUUGACACCUUCAGGUCAUCAGGUACAGAGUGGCAAGACUGGCAAAGAGAGAGGUGGCAGAUUUGGCAGCUCCUGUCAUCAGACAAUGCAGACACACUUCCAGAGACUCUCGUCUGAGCCAGGCAUGCCAUCUGUUGCUAUGGAACACAGUGCCCUCUAGUGGAACAAUGAGUAUUUAGCUGUGCCCUACAGGAUCAAAUGACCGAAACACCAUCUUUAUUUUUUUAUACAUCUGGUUAUUGUUGUUUUAUAUUGUAAAAAAAUGUUUAUUAUUACAAUUGAUUUUUCUGUUUUGCCAAAUAGAAAAAGUACCUCAAAUGAAACACACGAAAGUAUUAAAUAUUAGGGUGAACUUGACUGAAUAUUGCAUUUAUGUAAAAUACAAAAUCAACUCCCUGUAAAGUUGGCUUCUUGGCUUUGUCAUAAAAAUCGGUGUGGCUUCUCCCCAAGUGCCAGCAUUUUCGUUUGUAUAAUAUUAAUCCUUAAAUGAAUCCUUAAAUUUCAUCAAAUUGGUUGAUUGUCUUUAGCUAGUUAUUUAUAUUUAUUGUCCCUUUUUGUAUCUUGAAGCAUCAUGUUUUUUGUACACUUUCAUGAAGAUCAGAUAUUGCACUUCUAGCAGAGAGGGUUUUUUUUUUUACAGUUUUUUCCAUAUUUGCAGGUUUAUUUUGAUCUUUUAAAUAAGUAAAUUUGGAAAGGAUGGUACUAGGGGUAGGGAUCAUGCCUGUACUCUGUAUGCGUGCAGUUUGCAUUACGGAUGGGUGGAUCGAUUCUUAAAUCGAUUCGAAAUCGAUGAUUUUGAUCUGAAUGUUUUCAUUUUGAGAAUCAAUUGUAACGUUAAAAAAUUGUUUAUAUUUAUCUGGUAAAUUAAAUGCUGUAUUAAUGAUA